CCUGCAGUCAGCCAAACCCCCGCCGCCUGUGCAGUCGAUGGAGGAGCGGAUAUGAUCUGAUCUACCGAAAAACAUGCUGCUCCAUCACACUCGUGGUUUCUUAGAAACUUCCAGAAAGACAGACUGAUUGCUGUGUGAACUGAACCAGGCUGCAGUGGGAUUCAGUAGAAGUCUCGGUCAUGUACUCUGAGUGGCGGUCUUUACACCUGGUGGUCCAGAACGAUCAGGGUCACUUGAGCGUGCUGCACAGUUACCCCGCAGGCGUGGGUCGUGAUGUGGCUAACGCGGUGGUGCGCCCCCUGGGGAACAGCCUCGUAGGCGGGCCGUCUGAGUGCCUCCUCAAGACUGACAAGGAGGUGAAGUGGACGAUGGAGGUGUUGUGUUAUGGACUGACACUCCCGCUGGAUGGAGACACGGUUAAGUUGUGUGUGGAUGUCUACACUGAUUGGAUAAUGGCCCUGGUGUCUCCCAAAGACUCGAUCCCUCAGCCAAUCAUCAAAGAGCCCAACCUGUACAUUCAGACCAUCCUCAAACACCUGCACAACCUUUUCCUGCCCAGGCCGGAGCACUUCAGUCUGAUGCACUUUAAGCUGUGUCAGCAGGUGUUGUCUGCAGUACAGAAACUGGCGCGUGAUUCGUCCGGUAUGGCCAGAGAGACGUGGGAGGUGCUGCUCCUCUUCCUGCUCCGCAUCAAUGACACGCUGCUGGCCCCUCCCACUGUGGGAGGUGGCAUAGCUGAGAAGCUGGCAGAGAAAUUGAUCAGUGUGUUGUUUGAGGUUUGGUUUCUGGCCUGCACGCGCUGUUUCCCCACCCCGCCCUACUGGAAGACCGCCCGAGAGAUGCUGGCCAACUGGAGACAUCACCCUCCGGUGGUGGAGCAGUGGGGUAAAGUGAUCGCGGCUCUGACGUCCAGGCUGCUGCGCUUCAUGUACGGCCCGUCGUUUCCUCCGUUUAAAGUGCCAGAGGAGGACGCCAGCCUCAUUCCAGCGGAGAUGGACAAUGACUGCGUGUCUCAGACGUGGUAUCGCUUUCUACACAUGCUCAGUAACCCGGUGGAUCUGAGCAAUCCGGUCAUAGUGAGCUCCACCCCAAAGUUUCAGGAGCAGUUACUAGGGGGCAACAGCGUUCCUCAUGAAGUCAUCCAGCACCCCUGCCUCAAACAACUGCCCCAGAUCUUCUUUAGAGCCAUGAGAGGAGUCAGCUGCCUCGUGGACGCCUUCCUCGGUAUAUCCCGCCCCCGCUCGGACAGUGCUCCGCCCACCCCUGUUAAUAGGCUCAGUAUGCCGCCGCCCCCAACCACAACCAACACUACACCCCCUCACAACCGCAGACAUCGCCCCACUGCUGUUACCAAGACAACCAGCAAAGCCUCAACGACCGGUCAGACCAAAGUGUCGCACCAGCCAUCCUCCACCUCCCCUCUCUCCAGCCCAAACCAGACGAGCUCCGAGCCCCGACCGCUUCCCGCCCCGACACGGCCAAAGGUCAACAGCGUGCUCAAUCUGUUCGGCCAAUGGCUAUUUGAUGCUGCGCUGGUCCACUGUAAACUCCACUCCGGCCUGAGCCGAGACAGCAGUAUGACGGCCCUGGCGACUCAAGCUGGAGUUGAACUGAGACGUAAAGGAUCUCAGAUGUCCACAGACACUAUGGUGUCCAACCCCAUGUUUGACGCUAACGAGUUUCCUGAUAAUUACGAGUCUGGUCGAGCUGAAGCUUGUGGAACGCUCUGCAGGAUCUUCUGCAGUAAGAAGACUGGAGAGGAGAUACUUCCUGUCUACCUGUCCAGGUUCUACAUGGUUCUGAUUCAGGGUCUUCAGAUAUCAGACUACAUCUGCAGGCCGGUUCUAGCCAGUAUCAUCCUGAACUCCUCGGCUCUGUUCUGCUCCGAUCUCAAAGGGAUUAAUGUUGUGGUUCCAUACUUCAUAUCUGCACUGGAGACGAUACUUCCUGACCGAGAACUGUCCAAGUUUAAGUCGUAUGUGAACCCCACCGAAUUGAGAAGAGCUUCUAUCCACAUCCUGUUGUCAAUGCUUCCUCUGCCUCAUCACUACGGAAACAUCAAAUCGGAGGUGCUUUUGGAAGGGAAAUUCAGCAAUGAUGAAAACUCGCUUCACGACAAGGCGGUCACCUUCCUUUCUCUGAAGCUGCGUUUGGUCAAUAUUUUGAUUGGUGCCUUGCAAACAGAGACAGACUCGAUCAAUACACAAAUGAUUCUCGCUGCAAUGCUGAAUAUCGUGCAGGAUUCUGCUUUGAUGGAGUCUGUUGGUGCUCAAGCUGAAGUGGUGAGUGUGGAUGGUCAUCCGCUGGCUAAAAGUCACAGUCGCAAUAACAGUGGCAUCAGCAAUGCCAGCGCCGGCAGCUCAGAGGCCACGACGCCAGACAGCGAGCGACCCGCCCAGGCCCUGCUGAGAGACUACGCUCUCCACACAGAUACGGCGGUUGGGCUGCUCAUCCGAAGCAUUCACCUGCUCACACAGAGACUCAACUCGCAGUGGAGACUCGACAUGAGCAUUUCACUGGCCGCUCUCGAGCUGCUCGCCGGACUCGCCAAGGUGAAGGUGAGUGUGGAGUCGUCAGAUCGUAAGCGUGCGGUGAGCUCCGUGUGCAGUUAUAUCGUGUAUCAGUGCAGCCGUCCCGCUCCGCUCCACUCCAGAGAUCUGCACUCCAUGAUCGUCGCUGCGUUUCACUGUCUGUGCGUGUGGCUCACAGAACACCCCGACAUGCUCAACGAGAAGGAUUGUCUGAUCGAGGUGUUGGAGAUCGUGGAGCUCGGCAUCUCGGGCAGCAAGUCCAAAACAGGCGAACAGGAAGUGAAGUAUAAAGGUGACAAAGAGCACAACCCGGCGUCGAUGAGGGUCAAAGAUGCAGCCGAGGCCACGUUGUCAUGUAUAAUGCAGGUGUUGGGGGCGUUCCCGUCUCCCAGUGGCCCCGCCUCCCCCUGCAGCCUGCUGAAUGAGGAUACACUCAUUAAAUAUUCACGUCUCACCUCCACGUCUCACAGUAACUUUAGAUAUUUCGUUCUGGAUAACUCCGUCAUACUCGGCAUGUUGGAGCAGCCGCUCGGGAAUGAACAGAAUCCCUGUCCGUCAGUCACCAUGCUAAUCAGAGGAAUGUCUGGUCGCCAUGCGUGGACGAUGCAGCUCUUCCAUCAGCCCAAAGGAGCCAGAGCCAAUCAGAAGCAGAUGUUUGUUCCAGAAAGUCGACCCACUCCCAAAAACGAUGUGGGAAUUCGAUAUAACGUGAAGCACAGACCGUUCCCGGAGGAAGUGGAUAAGAUUCCGUUUGUGAAAGCCGACCUGAGCAUCCCAGAUCUCCACGACAUUGUGGAUAAAGAGUUGGAGCUGCAGCAUGAUAAGCUUCGAUCAGUGAUGGGUAAACAGAUAGACUAUGAGGUGAAGUUGGAGCAGCAGACUGAGGACUUAUGGAGGAAUAAACCCUUCCCUGAUCCUCUGACUGACUGUAAACCUCCCGCACCCGCCCAAGAGUUCCAGACCGCUCGACUCUUCCUGUCCCACUUUGGCUUCCUGUCACUAGAGGCACUCAAGGAGUCUGGUAACAGUAGACUCCCUCCUCACCUCAUCGCUCUCGACUCAUCUGUGUCGGGCUUUUUUGAUGACAUUGGCUCUCUGGACCUGUUGCCAUCACGACCCUGUGACACCGUCUUCAUCUUCUACAUGAAAGCAGGACAGAAGAGCAGCCAAGAGAUUUUGAGGAACGUGGAGUUUUCGUCAAACGUACAGCCUCAUUUCCUGGAGUUGUUGUUGUCUCUGGGCUGGCCGGUGGAGGUCGGGCAGCACCCGGGAUGGACAGGAAGUGUGUUCACCAGCUGGACCAUCAACACAUCUAAUGGUUCUGAAACUCCAGAUGAUUGUGCGACUGUGGGUGACACCGGCGGUGGUGGUGUGUUUAACGGAGAGAAGCACGUUCUGUAUUACGCUGAUGCACUGACGGAAAUUGCCUUUGUCGUGCCGUCGCUAACAGACUCAUCUGCGGAGUCUUCAGAGAACAGUUUUCCGACCGCAGACUCUGACUCUCAGAUGGAGUUGUUACCCAGUUUGCUGAAACAGCCCAACCUCACGCUCGAGCUCUUCCCUAAUCACUCUGACAGCAUGGGACCAACACAACGGUCCCCCUCAGUGAAAAGCAGGAAGUUGCCAGCAGGCAGGACGAUACCUCCAUUAGGACCGUACAGUAAAGUGUUGGUGGUGUGGGUCGAGCGAUACGAUGACAUUGAGAAUUUUCCAGUGUCGGAGUUACUGGCGGAGACGAGCACAGGUGUUGAGACGGCCGUCAACAGCAGCACUGGCAGGUACAGCUCUUCAGAGAAAGAUGUUCCUAUAAUAUUCAUCCAUCCGCUGAAGACCGGACUGUUCCGAAUCAAACUUCAUGGAGCGAUGGGGAAGUUCAACAUGGUGAUUCCACUGGUGGACAACAUGGUCGUGAGCAGGAGAUCACUUGGUUUCCUGGUGCGUCAGACGGUGAUAAACGCAUGUCGACGGAAGCGUCUGGAAAGCGACUCGUACAGCCCGCCCCAUGUGCGACGGAAACAGAAAAUCGCCGAAAUCGUGAACCGUUAUCGUAACAAACAGCUCGAGCCGGAGUUUUACACCUCCCUGUUUCUAGAGGUCAAUGAGAACCGCCUCAACCCUUAAACGCAAACGUGGAUCAUCGGCGAAGAGGAGUCACGCCGUCUUACGUCAACUGGCGUAUGCACAAACACGGAUCUGAAUAUGCAUUAUAUAUUUCUCUACGAAUCUCACCUAAACGUGUCCAGCUGAUUUUUGAUCUCAAAAUGAAAAGAAAUAAAUAUGUUGUUUAGUCCAAUAAUAUCGAAUGCAUUGUGACAUCAUUUUGAUGACCGUUAAGCACAUUGAUUCUCAUUUCUGGAAUAGUCUAUGAUAUAUAAAUGUAUACAUAAUGCAUACAGUACAUGGAUAAUUAAUCGAUGUGCUUAUUGUCAUAAUGCAAAAAAAGGCUUAAUUUCAAUUAUGCAAACUUGACUUUUAUAGGGUAUCUAAUAUCAAAUUGUCUGUCUUUUUAUUUAUUGGUGAAACGUGACCAGACAUGUUCUUGACGUGUUUCGUGGGAUUCACGUCAUGACUGUAAUUCACAAUAAAUUGCCUUUUUUUUUUUUAUUUAAUCUGUUAUUUUACACAUCAAGGACUGUGACUGUCUUCACUCUGAAAGCACUUAUUACAAAUGAACACUAAUCGCCAUGGCAACGGCAGUAGCUUCCUUCCUCCAAACGUGCGCGUGUAUAUCGCCGUCAGGUCACAUGUCUCGUUCUAUAUGUUUAACGUGGCCAGGUCAAUUCAGUCGCUUUUUCUGGAGAUUGCGUCACGUUUUAUCGUCGGCGGACGAUGAGGAAUGAGAACGUUAAGCUUUAAUCGGGUCUCGUUUCUGAAAUCCUCCAAAGGGAUUUUGAUGGCGAUUUGUUAAUUGCUAAAGCGGACGAAAUACGAGCGUUUCCCGACACGAUUUUGACAAACGUUUAGCCAUGAUUGGCUAGUCGCCGCUCACUCACAAUGCGUUUUUAAAUGACGUUAUAAGGGCUUUUCAUUUAUUUUCAGUUGUUAAAUAUAAAGUACAUUUCUGCUGGACGUCAGAAACGAUGUUAUGCAAUUUUAUUUUUUCACGACUACUAUCGGCCAGAAUAAUUUUUUUUGUUUAACCGCCAAAACCAACAUGGAUUCGCCCAAACGGCGUUUCAUGUCUUUUGACGUUAUGUUGGCAUCACGUUUUUUUUCUGCCGUUCUCGUUCCUAUCCUAAAUUUCUUCGAAAACACCUUUUAUAUACAGUGCAAUUCGGUCAUUUCACAACGUGCUUUUUUCGUAAGAACAAUUCUAGGAUUGAAUUUCACGUCCCAUUUUUAUGGUCACUUCGCAGUUCUCCGAUAACGCUACUGUUUUUGUAAGAAUCGAACUGUGGAGACCAACAUGCACCGUAUGGGACGUUCAAAUGGUCGGAUGGGGCGUCUCUUUCCUCUUUAACGUGUGUAAAUAUUGACGGCGUGGACUUUGUAUAAAGUUUGACUUUCUAUGUAAAUAUGCGGGUGUGAAGUUCGCUCACUCAUCUUAUACUAUUGAUUAGGGAUGACAAGAAAUGAACGCUUGUUUGUAUUUAUGCCAAUCAUGUACAAGAUGUGUCCAAAAGAGACAUUGGAUAUUGAAUGUAACACAUGUAAUGAUAUAAAGAUUUUAAUAAAGUUCUUAU